ACGAGAAGUCGAGAAGAACAAAGAAACAAAAUGGGUUGGCUAUGGGGAAGAAGAAUGGAUUCAAUAUCGGCGCCGGCGCCGCCAUUCCCGUUGCUGGUUUUCUUCGUCCUCGCGACAUUCUUCCUCUGCUUGACCUCGUACUUCCACUUCAAGUCAAAGGUGGCGCGGACCGUCACCACUCUCAGGUUUCUUCUCUCCUUCGUUGUCCCCAUGCUCGUCCUUUCCCUGCUGUACAUCUUGACGGUUGCGCGCAGGUGGCGGCGGUGGUUUGAUUGGGAUUUCCCGGCCGGGGGUGCCGGGCCGCCGGCGAUGUACCGGCGCGGCGGGGAUGAGAGGAGGGAGUUCCCGUGGGGGUUGGCUCUGGCGGUGGUUCUGCUUCUUGUCAUGGUUCAUUUGCAGAUUUAUAUUCAGACCAGUUGGUUCCCGAUGAUAUGAUUAAUUACUCCGCAACUAAUUAAACACUCUUUAAUUACUCUUUUUUUCCGCCAUCUUUAAUUACUCGUUCAUGUCAUUUCUCUAACUCUUGAGUGUAUCAAAAAUUCAAUUUACUCGUUUUUUAUAGUGCCCAAUUAGCUCGUUUAUUGGUUUUGUGUUGUUGCUUAGUCAUGACUUGCUUUGAUAUUAUGUUGGAGUGACUUUAUUUUUUUUCAUUCAACAAAAUUUAAUAAAACUUAGGGUUUGAC